AUGGCACGGAAGUUGGCACCUUCAGUGCGGCUUCGGCAAGCCCUGACAAGGACGGUGCGUGCUCAAGUGCGGGAAGUCGUGGAGAAGCAGUUGGCAGAGCAAGAUCGCAGUUUGCGCUCCGUUCGAGAGUGCGAAUUCCUGCUGAGCAGGGGCGUGGGCCUUCACCACGGCGGGCUGCUGCCGGUCUUGCGCGAGCUUACGGAGAAGCUCUUCAAGGAAGGCUUUGUCCGAGUCCUUUGCACGACCGAGACCUUCGCUGUGGGGGUGAACAUGCCGAGCCGAGCUGUGAUCUUCAAUUGGCCCCGGGGCAGCGAGUUCAAGAAGUUCGAUGGAAGUGAACAGCGGCCCAUCCGGUGCGGCGAGUACAUGCAGAUGGCCGGGAGGGCAGGUCGACGCGGCCAGGACACCCAAGGGAAUGCUUGGAGCAUGAUGACGCAGCAGGUUGAACCCAACUUCGUGCAGAGGCUUGUUGCUGGCAGGGCCGAGCCAGUUGAAAGCAAAUUCACUGUGAGCUUCUCCUUGAUCCUUCGUUGCCUCCGUUCUGGGGGAGGGGUUCUUACAUUGCUGCUGAUGCAGAGCUUUAAACAGUUCGAGACGAAAAAGACCGAUGAGCUGGUUUUCCAAGAAGAACUCAGCAAGAAACUUGCAGUUCUGAGUCGACAGGGUCUUCUUCACGACGGCCUGCGACUGACGCGGUUGGGCAGUGCUUGUGCCAACCUCCAAGUGCCCACAUCGCCGUUGUUGAGCUUCAGGAUUUGGCAGAUGCCUUUGGACCUCCGCACCGGGGAGCUGGCCGACCACCUUGUUGCCUUCUUGAGCUGUUUCGUGAACGAUCUUGAGGAAGAGGAGGAGGUUGUGACCGGCAGAGACUUCGAUCCUUACUGGACCUGGUGUGAAACAACGUCGGAAGAGAUCUCACGUGACUUGAACCUAUGCAAGAUUCCACAUCCAGCUCCGAAGCUUGAAGUGCAGCAGCUUCGAAAGCGAGCUGGCUUUGUUGAUCCCGUCUUACGCUGGAUGAAGCAGGAGAACUUCGAGAAGUGCAGUGAUGCAGCUGGGGGGUCUGAAUUUGAUGGGAUUCUGGCACGGGUCUUGCGAAGAACAUAUCUGUUCUUGAAACAGCUGGAAGUGGCGUCAGACCUGCUGCAGACACAAGAAGACGAUGAGUUCACUCAGUUUGCGCAAGCACUGAGAGAUGCACGGCUUCGACUGCACCGCGGAGGGUCUUCGCAUCGUUCGCUGCCCUUUCUCGAGUCGAUUUUUCUGCCUUUAUCCUUUGAGCCAGACACACUUGACAGAGACACGUUGAAGAAGUCAUUUGCUCCGUGCCCUUAUGAGGCAGGUACCGAAAUUGAGCUUUCGCCGAAUGAGAUCGGCUUUUCUCACUUUUCGAUUUCUUCGCAUUUCAAAGAUGGGACGAGUAUCGCAGCUACUUUGAAUGAGCUCCUGCAAGGGAAGCCUAAAACGGACAUCCCAAUCGUGGAGGUGUAUUGGACAGAGGGGCAGUUCUGGACAAUGGCCAACCGACGUCUGGCUGUUUUCCGUCUGUUUCAGCAAAGGCGGCCCGCAGAGGGUGCCACCAUCAGAGUUCGGGUCGCAGAUGAGCGAGCUGCACAGGCCUGGGGUUUCUGGAAGCGAUGGACAACGGGCCUCUGGAGGGGUCGCAGGGCCCAGAUUCGGUCGACAUCGGAAAUGAUCGGCCGGUGCAGGGAGGAGACUUUUUUCUAUUCCCUGGAAGGCUCCGUCGAGCAAGUGCAGGAGCAGACGGGCUUCGAACGUGCUCCAAGACCCGAGACGAUGGUCAAGGCCUUGGAAGAACUUCAAGGCGAACAAGAGGGCGAGGGUGGGGAGAACGAUGACAUGGAGGAAAUGGAAGACAGAGCCAGUGGUGAUUCGGACCAAGACAGCGAGGAACUGGAGAUGGAGGAUAACUGUGUGGUUUUGAGUGGGCCGCACGUUUCGCGAUUCCUGAUCACUAGGCAGCUUGAUGCCUUGGAAGCGCCGGAGGCGCACUGGAGGUACUCCGUAUCAGCAUCCGUUACUGCUCGGGACUUGCUGCGAUCCCCCCAUGCAAGCGAGCUGACGGUCCAGACGCCCAUUCCAGAGACCUUCUGCAACUUGUACGAGUACCUGCGCAGCUUCGCAUUGCCCAUGCUCGAGGAGCUGCGUGAAGAUCUGAAGAAAUCUCUGGAUCCCUUCGAGCUGGACCUGGAUGCUGCGGAGGAAGUCCGCUUGGUGCCUUUGGAGGUUGCUCAGGAAACCAUGAAGAGCGAAGGCGUUCCUAGAAUGCCUCCCUGGUUUCCCGAGUCGGACUCCGAAGAGGUAAUGCUGAUACUGGCUGGAGGGGAUCGUGUGAAGAGUGCACUCUGCGCAAAGUGCGCUCCUGGCCAAAUGUGCCUGCUGUUCGAGGAUGGUUCUAUCACGAAAGAUAUCGCCCUUCCCGGCACUGGUCCUGAAGACGAGUUGACCAGACAGGCGUUGCCGUUGAAAGUCCGUCCUGGAGGUUGCUACAGACUGGGCCUUCUCCACACUACUCCGAAGAGUAAGCAUGCUCUGGUCCUCAUCUCGCAAGACAAGCACCUGCCCCCUUGUGAAGCCAAUGAUGUGUUCAAGGUUGAAUACCCCGGAGGCUGUGCAGAAGCGAAAGCGGAUAUAGAGCUGAUCGAGAGCCCAAGCUUAGAGGGUGUCUGGCUGAUUGGUGACGUCACCCAUGGAGGGAAGGCGUGGCAGGUGGGCAUUCGGUCAGGACAGCUGGUCCGAGAAGUUGAAGGCUGGGACAGUGAUCCGCUAUCGCAGGAGGCUUCGGCGGCGGGGGUGCGAUUGGUGGUUGAAGGCAAGCCCCGGAAGUGGAGACUGGCCGUGCUGUCUUGCAACGCGUUGACAUCCAUCCGUGUUGGAACCGCGCUGGCCAACCCCGCUGGUCACCACCCGAUAUUUUGGCAGCGUGAAAUCUCUGGUCAGCCCGAAAAUGACGUCAGCACCUUCGGCGGGACAUCUGAAGCCCAAUGCGCUGCGAUGCGAUCUGGCCUGACAGUUGCAGACUUACAGGAAAUGGGAUUGAACUUCUCCCAGGCCAGUGCAGUACACAAUCUGGUCGAUUGUGCCCAUGGAGUUCGUCUGGUUCAAGGACCACCAGGCACUGGGAAGACACAUACCUUGGCUGUGCUCUUGGAGCAGUGUGCGAAACUGGCACUCAGCACCAGGGAGGAGACGGAGGACUCCAAGCCGGCACCCAAGAAGAAGAGGAAGAAUCGGUUCCAGAAGCACAGCCCGCCCGAGCCGGAGCCACCAGAUGUUGACAUGAGGCGGCGCCACGCAAAUCGUUGCCUCGUGUGCGCGCCGACGAACAUCGCGGUGCAAGAGGUCCUGCGACGAUUGCUGGAGCGCAUUCGGCCAGAACAUUGGUGUCAGGUGGCCUUGGUUGCAACGCAAGAUCGUGCGAACGUAGAAUGGUCUGACGAGCUGCGUGGGUCUGAAGAGCGGGUCGCGGCCGUACUGCUCGACCACCGAAAGAAGCGGGUGAAACGCAUCGCUCGCUUUUGGCUUGGAGAAGGCUUUGGGAAGGCCAAGCCGCAUCUCCGCCAGCCUGAUUGGGCCUACGAAGCUGGCAACUCCUGCUUCGCCCUGCUGCUCUGCAAGCCUCUUCAGGCUUUUGCUCGCCUCUACCAGAGCAAGGGCAGCAAGGGGAAUGUGAAGCAAGGCCAAGGCAGAGUGCAGGUUGUGAGCCUGCUGGACUUCGUGCAUCAGAAGCUCAAGGACAUCUUGCAGAUGGUCCAAAACCAUCAGGAAAAGCUCCACAGAGAGGUUGCCUUUAAGACCCAGGAGUUCUGUCCUUUCCUCUGCUCCAAGCAGGAGCGGAGGAGGCUCGCGGCCGAAGGGCAGGUCUUCGGCAAGCUCGUGACGCUGCGCGAUCAGCUUGAGUCUUUCCGGCAGAGGCUCACAGAACUCGUGGAAGGAUGGGAGCCGAAGCUUGCCGCCGAGGACUGGUUGGACCUGCCCGUGGCAAGUCCGGGCCAGGGUGUCAGCACAGGCAAAGGCGAGAGCAGUGGCGACCAGCCCAACAUGGUUCUGGACCGAAAGAAAGCCUACUCCUUUGUGCAGUGGGUCGUGCAAGGUGAGGCUGAUGCCAAAGCCAAGGCUCUGGAAGGGUUGACAGAGCUUCUCGGCCUGGAUGCGUCCCCGGUUGCUACGGUAACGGAGGAGGCCUUGGCUACUGCUGAGAAGCGGCUCAAGCUUCUGCUGCACCCGGACAAGGCAUCCCCAGACAUGAGGCUUGUCGCCACCGGGGCUUUCCAGGAUUUGGAGAAGGCGAUGGAAGCGGUGCGGAAGUCCCUGCGUUGUCCAGUCCCUACAUCCCAGGACACCCACCCUGGUGGCGCUGGCACCCCGGCCAGCCACGGGUUUGUGGUAAACGUCGACGAGCAUCUGCGGGCUUGGCUCUCGGAGGCGACAGUGGAGGCCUUGGAAGCUUGCACGGAAGCUCACAUCGAGCUGCUUUCGGCUUGCACGGCGGUGCGGACCGCAGAAUCUUCCUUUCUCAAAGGAGCGCUCCUGCGGAGAGCUGCGCUUGUCUUCUGUACCCUUACGGUGGCAGGGCGGGCAACGGUAUGUGGACAGCAGAUACCAACGGUGCUCAUUGACGAGGCGUGCCAGGCAUGCGAGGCCGAAACGCUGCUUGCUCUCAGAAGUUGGGUGCAGCGACUUUUCUUGGUGGGCGACCCUCGUCAGCUUCCGUCGACAGUGUCUUCACCAUUGGCCAAGCAGGCUCUCUAUGCUCGUUCCAUGUUUGAGCGCCUUGAGCAGACCGGCACGAAGGCAGACCUCCUGGAGGAGCAGUACCGCAUGGAUCCGCCAAUAUUGUGCUGGUCCAACGAAUGCUUUUAUGGUGGCAGAAUCCGCACGGCAGACAGCGUGCUGCAAAGGGAGACCCGUACGGAUCCGGAUCCAGAUAGUUGGUCUCCUCUUGACCAACACCGACAUGGUCCUUUCAGGCUGAUGGACACUUCCAGGGAGGGCUGGCCAGAGGAACAGGUGAGGUUCUCGUUUCGCAACCUUGGUGAAGCAGACUUCCUCAUGAAGCAUCUACACAAAUUCUUCCGAGAGUGCCAUCCAGACAUUGGGACCACUGUCGGUAUCAUCACACCUUAUCGGGCUCAAGUGGAGCUGCUUCAACACCUUCUGCAGAAAGCCCACGAACGCGUGCGUGCCAACACAUCAGUGGCAACAGUCGAUGGCUUCCAAGGAAACGAGCGUGAUCUCAUCAUUAUCUCCACCGUGAGGUCUGGCGGCAGUAUAGGUUUCAAUGCCGACGAGCGGCGAUUGAACGUGGCCGUCACUAGAGCCAAGCGGAAUGUUUGGAUCAUUGGUGACAUGGAGACCCUGUAUCGUGGACAGUCCAAGGGCAAUGUCUGGCGCGAUCUCCUGGCAUUUGCUCGAUCGCGAGCAUGGGUCCUCCCAGCCUUGACCCCGACACCGGCUGAGCCUCCGAAGCCUCAGCCAAUUGAUCCACCGGCAACACCGGACAUGCUGUGGACGGAUCUGCAAAGAGCGGCAUGGGAGGAGCAGAAGGCAGUGGGCUGGAUGAGGGCGCGGCUACGCGACGGAUAUCCGCAUGCCUACUGCAGUUUGUGUGACCGCUUUGCCGAAGAUGGCCACUUGGAGAGCACGAUGCACCAGGACAAAAAGGAAGAUCCGCAGAAGCAUCUGGCAUCGCAGAGCCGCCUAGAGGGCUUCUUCGUGCGGCUCCAGCUGGAGCCAGGCGAGGAGCCGGGCUUCUGUGCUUCCGCGGGUGCGAGCCGGCGCGCACCGGAGCGUGCGAGGGUUCUGGGCGUGGAGCCGGGCUCGGUGCUGGAGCGGUGGAAUGUGUGGGCUCGGCAGUUCGACCUGGAAGUCGUCGAGGGUUCUAUGAUCCUGGAAGUAGACGGCUUGACGGGGCAGAUGGCCACAGAAGCCCUAGAGGCACUCUCGGCCGGUACCUCGGGCCCCAGGAAGCGGAGUCUUGGCUUCACGGUGGCGCUGGGCGCCAGCCAGGGCAGUGACGAGGACGGUGAAGAUGACGCUGCAUCCCCAGCAACAGCAAGCCAAGCGUGGGACAGCAGCUAUGCUGGCUACGCUGGCUAUACUUGGCCUCCGCAGAGCUCCGCCGAACACCAGUGGCCCAGCGGACCAGAGGCUCCCGACAGUACGAGCGUGACAGGGACGGCCGUUGACGAGGGCUGGCCGUCCGUUUUGGAGCUGAGUCGUCAGGGAGUCCUCUGGGAGGCUCUUCGGGACAACAUCAAAGCGAAAGAAAGUCCUCAUUUGGACUCCGCCCAGGUGGGCCAACCACUUUCACAGGGCGACACAGUGCUCCAGAUCGAUAGCUGCAUUCGCCUCGGGAAUGGGCUGCUUCGCAUGAAGGUGGCCACAGUCGGAAGCAGUGCGUGGGUUACUCUCGAUGCCAGGGCUUGCGCAAACGGGAUUCUGUUCUUCAGCCCCGGAUGUGCUGGGUGUCUAUGGCAAGUGGACAAGACGGUCAUUGUGAGGAGUGAGGUGGGUCUGGAGUCCGCUGAGGUGGCACGGCUGUCUCAAGGGACGGUCGUCUUGCAGACUGGCCCGUGCCAGGAACAUGGAAAGACCCUCCGAAUGCCGGUCUAUCGGAUGGGAAUGUCAGGAUGGGUGACCUUGUCAGCACGAGCUGCAGGGGAGCCACUAUUGCAGUUCUACCUCCCUGGAGGUCACGGCAGCUGCUGGAAAGCCUUGGGACCUCUCAAGUGCCGAGAGGCUGCAUCUCUGCAGUCUGCACCUGUCGACCCGCCGGUCGAAGCUUCGGACAUAGUUCGUCAGCAUGGUGAUAUUGAGCUGCUCGAGAAUGGAAUCAUGCGGCUGCCAAUCACAAGGGGUUCACCGAUGAAAGCUGCCUGGGUAACCUUGGAUGCACGUUGCGCUGUGGCUGCCAGUGGAAGCUCGGGAGAUGACAGAGUAUAUCUCGAGUUCGUCAGCCACGCCUCUCAGUUCUGUGGCCCUCAUGCUUGA